AUGCGCUUUUGCAGUAGAAAUCCGAAUCAUCCAAAGUGCCAAGGCCACCCAGAAUGGAUACUUCCUCAAGGUUCUAUUCCUGCUGCUCCGAAUGUUGGGAAUGCCUUCGACUUGAAUUCAAUUUUCCCCAAUCUUGUCAAUUUCCACUUAACUCCAGUUCCCCAAUUACCCCUGCAGAAUCUCUUAAACGGAGUUCCCAAUAUUCUACAGCAGGUUGUUGUCCCGUUAGUUGGGCAGAUUACAGCAAUUGCAAAACAAGCAAUAUUGAAUAUUUGUUCACAACGUGGGGAUUGUUUAAAACAGAAGCCUGAAUCAUUAAACAUGCGUGCAUCUAUAGCUGAACAGGAGGCUGCUAUUGCUAGAGCACACCAUCCGGGAAGGCCUCAAGAGCAAUUAGACAAUGAAGUCGAACUUCGCUUAGCUAGAACUUUUCAAGUAAAAAAGGCUCUUAUUAGAAAGGCUGGUUUGGAAGGGCAUGUUGAACCAGCCAAUAAUGGAGUAUAUCAAGAAGAUAUCCUCUUAACCGAGCAACAGGCAAAUGCCCUCAUAAAUCAAAUUAACCAGAAUUCUGCAGGUGUAGGAGUUGUUCCUCAACCUAGCCGGUUUAAAAGAGCAGGAAACUCGCUUUACCUCGAAGGUGUUCCUAACCAACAAUGGCCUUUGGGACAGCCGAUACAAUACAUGUUUGAUGUUUCUGUGACAUCGGAAGCAGAUAAGAACGCUGUCAGACAAGCUAUCAACGAAAUUCAAUCUAAAGUACAAUGUUUGAGCUUUCAAGAAGUUAAUAGUAAACCAACAGGAUCUCAUUUAUAUUAUGUGAAAUAUGCCCUUCCUGGCUUUUGUGGUCAAAGUUAUGUUGGACGUUUAGAUGUUGUUAACCCAAUUUAUUUGAGUUUUGGUUGUGGAAAUCCAGCAGGCAUUGCGUUACACGAAACAUUACAUGCUCUUGGAUUGCAGCAUGAACAACUUAGAAUAGAUCGAGACCGUUUUAUUACUAUAAAUUGGCAAAAUGUCAAUCCUCAAAAAUACGAUGCAUUUGCUGUAUCAGAUGCUACAAAAUUCACAAGUUAUGGUGUCCGCUACGAUUACGGGUCUAUUAUGCAUUAUUCCAGUACGAUAGCUACUCAAAAUUUUGGGCAAAAAACAAUGACAGCUAAAAUCAAUCCUCAAAGUAAUGAUCCUAUAAUGGGGCAAAGAAAUGGACUUAGCGAAACAGAUGUGGUUGAGCUUAGAAGAAUGUAUUGUAUGCCUGAAUGUAAAGACAAUAAUGUAUAUUGUGGUAUAUGGGCUGUUAGUAAUCUCUGUUAUUCUCAAGACGGAUUUGCGCAAGGAUGGAUGUUACAAAAUUGUAGAAAAUCUUGCUCAUUUUGUGGAAAUUAGAUUUGAUAAACAGAUAUGUAUAUUUUUGAUAAAAAUUUUUAUAUUAGAGAUAGUGAUUUGUAGUGUACCGUAUUCAGUA